AGUGUGUGGACAGCCUUUGAGGAAGCAUCGCGAGCGUGUGGGGUCUUUGAGUAGCGUGGUUGGUGCAACGUGAGAAUCAUGCCGAAAUCAAAGAGAGACAAGAAAAUCUCUUUAACAAAAACUACAAAGAAGGGACUGGAAUCCAAGCAGAACUUAAUAGAAGAGCUGCGGAAAUGUGUGGACAUGUACAGCCACCUCUUCAUCUUCUCUGUUGCCAAUAUGAGGAACAGCAAACUCAAAGACAUAAGGACAGCGUGGAAGCACAGCAGGUUCUUCUUUGGCAAGAACAAAGUAAUGAUGAUUGCUUUGGGAAAGGGGCCUGCAGAUGAAUACAAGGAUAAUUUACACAAGGUCAGCAAGUUUUUGAGGGGCGAGGUAGGCCUGCUGUUCACCAAUAAAACCAAGGAAGAAGUGCAAGAGUAUUUUAGCCAUUUUAAGGAAAUAGAUUUUGCACGGGCAGGGAACAAGGCAACUAUGGCAGUCACGCUAGAUGAAGGACCUUUGGAUCAGUUCUCUCACUCCAUGGAGCCACAGUUGAGACAGCUGGGUCUACCCACGGCUUUGAAGAAAGGAGUAGUGACUCUUCUGAAAGACUAUGAUGUGUGUAAAGAAGGAGAUACCCUGACUCCUGAACAGGCUACUGUUCUGAAACUGCUCGGGAUCAAGCUGGCUGAGUUCAGGGUGACGAUCAAGUGCAUGUGGAACUCAGAAACUGGAGACUUUGAACACCAGGGUGAAGAAGAGGAGGAAGCGGAUGGGUCUGAUUUGGAGGAGGAGGAAGAUGAGGAAGAUGAUGAAAGCAAAAGAGACUGAGCAUGCAGAGUGGGAUUUCAAGAAUGCUGUUUUUGUGUUGUGCCCUCUUCCCUCUAAGACUUUCUAGAAUGAGUGUUUUCUUAAAUACUUUCACAGUGCCAAGGAUUGCUUAGUUAAGGCAUCCAGACUCAUACUGCAUGCGGUAUACUGAGAAACUACACUCUGUGUUGUUAGUGUGUCUCAGGCUAGAACUUUGCAUUGUACAUGGAGAAUAUUGUUAAUACAAAGACAAAGUCUACAAUUUGAUGUACACUGAGAGUAGGGCAGAAUAAUGUAUAUCUAAAAUAUCAUAUACUUUGUAAAAAUAAGUACAAGAUAAUAGGAUACAGUUUGAUAUUUGUUUUGUAAAGUCCAGCUUUUGUAGAAUCACAAUAUAACUUCAUUUUUUAUCCAGUAUUUGGGUUUUUUGCUAAGAGGUCUGGUUUAAAUGACACCCAGAUCAGUCAAAUCUCAAAUGCUGUUAUGAAAUCUUCUCAACGUGAAA